AUGAGUAAUAACCUAUCUCUGUGUAGCAUACUUGAUGCUAACAAGUUAACUAGCCCGAACUUUUUGGACUGGUAUCGCAAUUUGAGAAUUAUUCUUAAGCGAGAAAAGAGGUUAUAUGUUAUUGAUCAAGACCUACCUGAUGUUCCUGAUGAGAAUGCUAAUGAUGAUGUUAAGGAUAAGUAUGAUUGUCAUAUUGAUGAUGAUGAUGUGCAAGUUACAUGUUUGAUGUUAGCUAGCAUGACUCUUGAGCUUCAAAAGCAACAUGAGAACAUGGAUUCUCGCACUAUUAUCUUUCACCUAGAAGAGUUGCUUAGCUCUCAGAGGAUGACAGAAAGGUAUAAGACCUCAAAAGAAUUGUUCAGUUGUAAGAUGACAAAAGGUUAUUCAGUCCAUGCCCAUGGUUUGAAGAUGAUUGGGUACAUAGAGAAAUUGGCCUGA